AUACUCUUUAGUGUGUCUGAAGCAGGAACAGGUGGGUCAAAUGCAAGCCAACAAUCCCUGGAAUCCUCUGUACAUCUCAGACACAGGUCACAUCAGUUACGUCCGAUUCACCGGCCCUCCGCUUGGACCACUGAUGUCACUUAGUAAAACAAACAUGCCUAACGAGGCGAACAAUUGGAUUGCCACUUACCGUUAGAUUUUAUUGAGCAACUUCUCUUUUCCGCUGACACUGGCAAAGACCACAGACCCUUGUUCCCGAGGCCUGCCUGCCUGCUCCAGGGGUAUAAAAUGGGGGGAGAAUCUGGUGUUCUGCCUCAACCAACUUUUCCUUCAGCAUUUCUGCUACUCUUCUACAGAGCUUCUUCACCACCACCUCCACAGCCCAUCAUCAACAUGGCCCUCUGGCUCCAAGCUGCGUCUCUGCUGGUGCUGCUGGCCCUCUAUCCUGGGGCAGACGCUGCAGCUGCCCAACACCUGUGUGGCUCUCAUCUGGUGGAUGCCCUCUAUCUGGUGUGUGGAGAGAAAGGAUUCUUUUACAACCCAAAGAGAGAUGUGGAUCCCCUAACAGGGUUUCUCUUUCCAAAAUCGUCCCAGGAGAACGAAGUUGCCGAGUACCCGUUCAAAGACCAGAUGGACAUGAUAGUAAAGAGAGGUAUUGUAGAGCAGUGCUGUCACAAGCCUUGCAACAUCUUCGACCUGCAGAACUACUGCAACUGAGGCCUGUCUCACCGCUAAGCCUGUUCUUCUCUCUGCCACUCUCCAAUGCUCAGAGGCAUCAUCUCCGUCUCAAAGAAAAGCUUCAAGUGCAGACAAGAAAUGGCAUAGACAUGUUUUAUUUUUCCUAGAAAAUAAAGUUCUAUGAAAUGAG